CCAUAUUUCGGGAGGAUCAGAGAACCAAUAAUAAUCCGCCUUUGAGCAUAAAUUUUGUCAUUUUUUAGUCAAUAAGGCAAUCAGUCAGUCAGUCGAUCAGCCAGUUUGUCAGUCAUAAAGAGGCUUCCUUUUUGCAAAUGAUGUUGACGAAACUGUUGCUUGCUGUGGCUUUAUCAGUUUGUGCUGUGGGUCUAAGUAACAGUUAGUCCUGCUCCAAAGAAGGAACCAAAGUUUUAAACGAGUGCGGUGAUACAUGUUACUGCAAUAAUGGUCAACUGCAGUGUUGCCGAGUGCGAAAGGAAUUUACAUCUAUGACUGAACACGAGAGAACUUUGUACGUUGACGCCGUAAGGAUAGCUUCGACCGAUCCUACAUAUCGAGACGAUUAUAAGGCACUUAUUACUUUGCACGAAAAACUCUUCCACGAAGGAAUUCAUGAUCAGGAACAGUUUCUUCCCUGGCACCGUUGGUUCACUCUUCAAUAUGAAAACUUGUUGCGCCGAGUUGACUGCCGAGUAACCAUCACUUAUUGGGACUGGAGCCUCGUAUCAGGUGACCCAUGGAACACUGACAAAGGUAGAGUUUGGUAUGACGGACCAUCUGGACUUGGAGGCGAUGGCGUUCCACCAUCUCUUUGUAUUCAAGAUGGAGUCUUCCGUGAAGAUCUUUGGAAUAAGACAAACGGGCAGUGUCUCCGAAGACGCUUCAAUGGUUUCACUCCAGACGCGGUGGAUGUCUUCCUGGUUAUGGAACAGCCCGCUACCAUUGAUGGUUUCAAAAGCUUCGAGGUUGGCCUUCGCGUGGAUCUCCAUAAUUAAGUUCACUGCCAGAUAGA